GCCGCGAUACCUUCUCCUUUUGUUCUCCUUGUCAGCUGUAUAGUCUAAUAGUGUUGUCUGUCGGUCCAGAGCAUUAUGCGGGCAGCACAAUGAGUUCAUGAGAGGAACCUUCGUGAUAUAGAUAUGAAUGAGACACGAACCAAAUCGCCGAGCGAUCUUCGAGCCCUUGUCUGUGUCCGAGCCUGGUUCUCGAUGUAAUAGCUCGGCGAAUGCGAAUUCCCAAUGGUAAACAAAAUUCCCUCCAACAAUAGCUUUCUUUCUCUCCUUACACUUGCUGGCAAAUGCUCUAGGUACGUCUUUCUACGCGUGGGUCCAAAAAGGCAAAGACUUACAGCAAACAGGAUAGAAGACGCAGUCCAAGAUGAACAACAGGGUCCCUCACCACACCGCUGAAGAGCAGCACAACGCAAACACUGCAGCUGCUCAACAGACCCCCUCACCACACAGCAUCUUCGAGCGCGACAUUCAGGUCGAGAACGCCCCUCCUGAACGUCGUCAUCUUCCACCUCCACCGUUCUCUCUCCAGAAGCAAGUCAUCAUCAUCUGCAAGACCCCUGAGGGCAAGGUCCACCGCGAGUGGCGCUUCGAACGCAAGGACAUCACUGACCGUUCUGCUCGCAUGGACGACCUCUGCCGUCGUCGCUCAUCCAUCUGCGAUGUCAUGUACGUCUACGUCGAGCACCUGCACAACUUCUUCGCCAACUACGAGCGCUGGCUGCGUACCUCCGAGCUGCCCGACCUCACCGUCACCGCCGCCGACCAGCGUGACGUCCUCGUGCUCUGGAUCAGCAUGUACGAGCUCGCCCGCGAGAUGGACGACUGGCGCUUGGUUGCCGCGAUCAAUGUCAAGAUCAUGGAGGUCGCCAAGGUCAGCAUCUGGAGCUUCUAUAAGCGUAGUGUUGUUGACUACGUGAAGAAGGCUCGCCAUGAUGAUGAGUUGCGUCACCUGCUGGUUGACCUGCACGUCGCUUACUUUGAUGGUCGUAUCUUCAACCGUUACUUCUGGAAGCUGCCCAAGCGUCUUGCCUUCGCCAUCGUUCGUCUCAAGAUGCUGCCUCACCCGCCUACCCCUAAGAGCAUGGCAAAGGGUUGUGCUUACCACCAGCAUGAUCACCUCUACCCCUUGACCGAGUGCUGCGCAUAUCGCGGCUGA